CUAGAGGCAGCGGUGAGGGAGGAAGGUGAGGGCUGGCUGGGCAGGGCUGGGAGCUGGGUUCCACUUCCUCCUCCUCCCCUUCCCGCCCUGGCCUCUCUGGCUUCACCAAUGAGCUGGGAAAGGGGAAAUUCUUGAGUGUAAAGUCCAGCAGGUGGAAGGACCAGGCCUGGGACUCCUGGGUCCCCGGCAGUGUCUGGAGGCAUGACUGGGGCUGGUGGGGGCCUCGGGGCCUGGCGGAGCCUGGUGCUGCUGGGCCUGUGCAGCUGGACAGGGGCCAGUGUGGCCGCCCUUGACCCAGUGAGGAACCUGAGAGCGGAGAAUCAGACCAACAGCUCCAUCACCCUGAGCUGGGAGGCCCCCGAGGGUCUCGACCCGAAGAACUCCAUCUACUGGGUUCAGUGGACUCGAGAUGGUGGCAGCAGGGAGACUCGAAACACAACAGACACCAGAGUCACUGUGGACGGACUCGAACCCGGGUCUUCGUAUGCAUUUUUUGUGUGGAUAGAAAAAGAUGGAGAGCAAAGCACCAGGGUGAAUCUCAGUACCCCCACAGCCCCCAACCCAGUGAGAAACCUGACCGUGGAGGCCCAGACCACCAGCUCCAUCACCCUGAGCUGGGAGGCCCCCGAGGGCCCAGACCCACAGAACUCCACCUACUGGGUUGAGGGCACUGGAGACGGUGGCAGAACGGAGACCCGAAGCACAACAGACACCAACGUCACCGUGGAUGGACUUGAACCCGGGUCCUUAUAUAAGUUUUCUGUGUGGGUAGAGAAAAAUGGAGUAAAUAGCUCUGAGGAGACUGUCACUACUGCCACGGCCCCCAACCCAGUGAGAAACCUGAUAGUGAAGGCCCAGACCACCAGCUCCAUCACCCUGAGCUGGGAGGCCCCUGAGGGCCCAGACCCACAGAACUCCACCUACUGGGUUGAGUGCACCGGAGACGGUGGCAGAACGGAGACUCGAAGCACAACAGACACCAAUGUCACCGUGGAUGGACUUGAACCCGGGUCUCUAUAUGCAUGUUCCGUGUGGGUGCUGAAGAAUGGAAUCAACAGCUCCCAGGAGACUCGAAAUGCCACCACAGCCCCCAACCCAGUGAGAAACCUGACCGUGGAGGCCCAGACCACCAGCUCCAUCACCCUGAGCUGGGAGGUCCCCGAGGGCCCAGACCCACAGAACUCCACCUACUGGGUUAAGGGCACUGGAGACGGUGGCAGAACGGAGACCCGAAGCACAACAGACACCAACGUCACCGUGGAUGGACUUGAACCCGGGUCCUUAUAUAAGUUUUCUGUGUGGGUAGAGAAAAAUGGAGUAAAUAGCUCUGAGGAGACUGUCACUAAUGCCACGGCUCCCAGUGAGGUCACGGAUCUCCAGAACAAAACUCAGACUAACAACUCAGUCACACUGUGGUGGCAGGCCCCCAGAGACCCCCACUCUCAGCUGUACGUAUACAGGGUCCAGUGGGCCAGCGAAGGACAUCCCCAGAGGGAGCAAGAUCCGCAAGUGAAUUGGGCCAACCAGUCCAGCAGGACCAAUGAGACAUGGUACAAGGUAGAGGCCCUGGAACCCGGGACUCUGUACAACUUCACCGUGUGGGCAGAAAGAAACGACAUGGCCAGUUCCACGCAAAGCAUCCGUGUGUCCACAAACCCAGACACAGUCACCAUCAAUUCCUGCGUCAGCACCUCAGGGGGCUAUGGAGUCAUCUUGACCUGGUCCUGCCCCCAGGGAGGCUACGAGGCCUUUGAGUUGGAGGUGGGUGGACAGCGAGGCUCCCAGGACAGAGCUUCGUGUGGGAAGGGUAUGUCUGUGUUGGGUCUCGGGCCGGCUCAGUCCUACCCAGCCACCAUCACGACCAUCUGGGACGGAAUGAGGGCCACUUCUGCCUCUGUGACCUGCCACACCGAGAGUGCAGGGGUCAUUGCCGGAGCCGUUGUGGGCAUCCUCCUAUUUCUCAUCCUGGUGGGCCUGCUUAUUUUCUUCCUGAAGAGGAGGAAUAAGAAGAACCAGCAGAAGCCAGAACUCAGUGAUCUGGUCUUCAGCUUCCUAGGGGACAUCCUGGCUGAAGACUUUGCUGACCACGUCAUGAAGAAUGAGAAGGACAGCAACUAUGGUUUUGCAGAGGAGUACCAGCAACUGUCCCUGGUGGGCACCAGCCAGUCUCAGAUGGUGGCUUCAACUCCAGAGAACAACACCAAGAACCGCUACAGAAAUGUGCUUCCCUAUGACUGGUCCCGGGUGCCCCUGAAGCCCAUCCCCGAGGAGCCAGGCUCUGACUACAUCAAUGCCAGCUUCAUGCCCGGUCUCUGGAGCUCCCAGGAGUUCAUAGCAACCCAGGGCCCCCUGCCACAGACAGUGGGCGACUUCUGGCGCCUGGUGUGGGAACAGCAGAGCCACACCCUGGUCAUGCUGACCAACUGCACGGAGGCCGGCCGGGUGAAGUGUGAGCAUUACUGGCCUCUGGACUCUCAGCCCUGCACCCACGAGCACCUGCGGGUGACCCUGGAGAGUGAGGAAGUGACGGAGAACUGGACGGUCCGGGAACUGCAGCUCCUCCAGGUGGAGGAGCAGAAGACGCUCUCCGUGCGGCAGUUCCACUACCUGGCCUGGCCGGAUCACGGCGUUCCCUCCUCCCCAGACACGUUGCUGGCUUUCUGGAGGAUGCUCCGGCAGUGGCUGGAUCAGACCAUGGAGGGAGGCCCACCCAUUGUGCACUGCAGUGCUGGCGUGGGCCGCACGGGCACCCUCAUUGCCCUGGACGUCCUGCUUCGGCAGCUGGAGUGCGAGGGUCUCCUUGGGCCCUUCAGCUUCGUGAAGAAGAUGAGAGAGAGCCGGCCGUUGAUGGUACAGACGGAGGCCCAGUACAUAUUCCUGCACCAGUGCAUCCUGCGGUUCCUCCAACAAUCAGCCCAGGCCCCAGCUGAGGAGGAGGUCACGUAUGAGAAUGUUGAAAACCUUAUUUUCGAGAACAAGGCCGCCAUCCAGGCCCAUGAGUUGGAGGUCUAAGUGACAAGAGGGCUGGGCUGGCAGCCCAGGCAUCCUCAAGCUCUGGACGCCCACUUGAACCCAGAUUCCUGGAAGAGCAGAGGGCUGGGCUCCCAGACUCCUGGGUGCUGUGGGAGGAGGGGGCUGGGAGCCCAAACUCCAGUUUCCCCAGGAGAGAGUGAUCUGGUGGACCUCAGCACAUGACUCUAUGGACCUGGGGAUCUGGAUUCCUGGUGCCUUGAAGGAGGAAUGGGGUGGUAGCUUGGAAUUCCUAGGUCUUUGAGGGAGGAGGAAGCUGGGAAUCUGGGAUGCAGGAAGAAACAGGCUGGAGCCUGGAUUCUGAGGCAGGAAGGAAUUCAGGUCUGGAAUUCUGGCUACUUGAGGACAAAAGGCAAGCAGGAUCCUGCCCUGCUUUUACUUCAGAAACCAAAUCAGUCUAUAAUCUGAGGUUGGAGGGAGUCCCUGUGCCCAAGGUCUCCCUGCACCCACUGUCUGCAUAUGUGUUUCCUUCUAUCCCAUAAUUUAUUAAAUCACUGUUUUCCACA